AUAUUGCUUGCCAAUUCUGGUAAGUUUCAUCACUGUGACAAAUACAGAAUACAAUACUACAAUAAUAAAGCAAGCAUCCCAAGUAUUUUCAAUCUAAUAUUCUCUUAUUCUUUUUUGUAAGCCCCAACCCUGUUUUGUGUUUCUUCAAAUUCAAAAUGGUGUCAAGUAGUCCUAUUUUACAUAAUGCAGAGUAUUGCAUUGACACAUUCAUUGGUCUAAGUCCAAAAAUUCUGAACCAAAACAAGAAGAAAUGGCAUUCGGCUUUUGUUACCAUCUACUGCUCUAGAGCUUUCUCCUCAUCUUUAAAAGCUUCCUCAUCACCACAACAAACUAGCUACACCACCAAAAUACCACCCUUUCCUUAUUCCCAUACUAUUGUGAAUGUGAAGACAGAAAACUGUUUCGAAAUGGAUCAGAACAAGCUCAACCAGCUCACCAAAGACAAAGAUCUUUCUCAACUUGAAGAGUUGGGUGGGGUUGAUGGCCUUGCCAAGGCUCUCAAAACAGAUGCAGAGCAUGGAAUUCAUAGUGAUGACAAAGACAUUGCCCGAAGAGUUGAAGAGUUUGGCUCAAACACGUAUAGAAAACCGCCUACUAAGAGCUUCUUUCAUUUUGUGUGGCAGGCUUUUCAGGAUCUUACUAUUGUCAUUCUUAUAGUUUGCGCUGCACUCUCUCUUGGCUUCGGCAUGAAAGUGCAUGGAACUAAAGAAGGUUGGAUUGAUGGUUUGAGUAUUUUCAUUGCUGUUUUUCUUGUCAUUGGUGUGUCUGCAGUAAGUAACUACAGGCAGAAUAGACAGUUUGACAAAUUAUCUAAAGUAAGCAACAACAUCCAAAUUGAAGCCAUUAGAGAUGGACGACGCCAGAAGAUUUCGAUAUUCGAAAUCAUUGUUGGAGAUGUAGUUUGCUUAAAAAUUGGAGACCAAGUUUCAGCCGAUGGUUUGUUCUUAGAAGGGCAUUCUUUACAAGUUGAUGAAUCUAGUAUGACAGGGGAGAGCGACCACGUAGAAGUUAACCACAAACAAAAUCCUUUCUUGUUUUCUGGCACCAAAGUGGUUGAUGGCUAUGCAAAAAUGCUUGUGACUUCAGUUGGAAUGAACACAACAUGGGGACAAAUGAUGAGCCAAAUUAGCAGCGAUAAGAAUGAGCAAACACCCUUGCAAGCUCGUCUUGACAAGCUUACUUCUGCCAUUGGUAAGGUUGGUUUAACGAUUGCUCUCCUUGUUCUCAUAGUCUUGUUUGUUCGUUACUUCACGGGAACUACCAAAGAUGAGAGCGGAGACAAAAAAUUUAAUGGUAGCAAGACAAAGAUCGAUGACAUAGUGAAUGCUGCGGUGGAGAUUAUAGCAGCUGCUGUCACAAUCGUGGUGGUUGCAAUUCCAGAAGGUUUGCCACUUGCUGUGACGCUUACACUUGCAUAUUCUAUGAAGAGAAUGAUGGUGGAUAAUGCAAUGGUGAGGAAGCUCUCUGCUUGUGAGACCAUGGGAUCUGCAACCACCAUAUGUACAGACAAAACAGGUACUCUUACUAUGAACCAAAUGAAGGUCACAAAUUUUUGGGUUGGUAAAGAAUCUGUCAUUGAAAAUUCUUACUCAAAAAUUGCACCAUAUGUUGUAGAGUUAUUCCGUGAAGGAAUAGCUCUUAAUACAACUGGUAGUAUAUAUAGGCCAAAUUUAGGAUCAGAAUUUGAAAUUUCAGGUAGUCCAACAGAAAAGGCAAUUCUUUCUUGGGCUGUUCUAGAGUUGAAUAUGGAUAUGGAGGAAGUGAAGAAAAGUUGUGCCAUUGUUCAAGUUGAAGCGUUCAAUUCCCAAAAGAAACGAAGUGGGGUUUCGUUGAGAAGAAAGACAGAUAACACAAUAUGGAUUCAUUGGAAAGGAGCUGCAGAAAUGGUUUUGGCCAAGUGUACAAGCUACUAUGAUGCUUCUGGAAUCGUUAAAGAUUUUGGUGAAAAUGAAAAACUUGAGUUUGAGAAAAUUAUUCAAGCUAUGGCAGCCAGCAGCCUUAGGUGUAUAGCUUUUGCACACAAACAAGUUGAAAUUACAGAGCAUGAAGGCUUAGAAGGAAAUGAAACAAUACAAGAAGAUGGCUUGACUCUACUAGGCAUGGUUGGCAUUAAGGAUCCAUGUCGUCCAGGAGUAAAGAAAGCUGUUGAAGCUUGUCAAAAUGCUGGAGUUCAUGUCAAAAUGAUCACAGGAGACAAUGUAUUCACCGCAAGAGCCAUAGCCACGGAAUGUGGAAUCCUUAAACUAGGCCAAGACAUGACUGGAGCAGUUAUAGAAGGUGUUGAGUUUCGAAAUUACACACCCGAACAGAGAAUGGAGAAGGUUGACAAAAUCUGUGUCAUGGCAAGGUCAUCUCCUUUCGAUAAACUCUUAAUGGUACAAUGCUUGAAGCAAAAAGGCCAUGUUGUAGCAGUUACAGGAGAUGGCACAAAUGAUGCUCCAGCAUUAAAAGAAGCUGAUAUCGGACUCGCCAUGGGAAUCCAAGGUACCGAAGUGGCCAAAGAGAGCUCAGAUAUUGUCAUCUUGGAUGACAAUUUCGCUUCAGUGGCUACAGUUCUAAAGUGGGGUAGAUGUGUUUACAACAACAUCCAAAAGUUCAUCCAAUUCCAGCUAACAGUGAAUGUUGCUGCACUUGUAAUCAACUUUGUAGCUGCAAUUUCAGCAGGAGAAGUUCCAUUAACAGCUGUUCAGCUAUUAUGGGUGAAUUUGAUCAUGGACACCUUAGGAGCUUUGGCUUUGGCCACAGAGAAGCCCACGGAUGAGCUCAUGGAAAAUCCACCAGUGGGUCGAACAUCGCCACUCAUUACCAACAUCAUGUGGAGAAAUCUCUUGACUCAAGCAUUUUAUCAAAUAUCAAUUCUUCUCACACUACAAUUUAAAGGCAAAUCGAUAUUCAACGUAAAUGAGAAGGUGAAAGACACUUUGAUCUUCAAUACUUUUGUUCUAUGCCAAGUCUUCAACGAGUUCAACGCAAGGAAAUUAGAGAAGAGAAACGUGUUCAAAGGAAUUCAUAGGAACAAACUGUUCUUGGGAAUCAUAGCCAUAACCAUCGUUCUUCAAGUAUUGAUGGUUGAGUUUUUGAAGAAAUUUGCUGAUACGGAGAGGUUGAACUGGGCACAAUGGGGUGCGUGUGUUGGACUCGCUGCCAUGUCUUGGCCAAUAGGUUGGAUUGUCAAGUGUAUACCUGUUCCAAAAAAUCCACUUUUUAGCUACAUCAAACUCAUCGCAUAUAAAUAAGCUUCAUUUUUUCACGCGCCAAAAGAUUUUAUUAAUUGGCUUCUUCAUGUGUGUAAAAAUGUAACAUUAUUCUUUUGAUUUUUUUUUUUUUUUGAUAGAUUUAAAAGUAUUUGUAAUUUUUGAAUUAGCAUUUAAGUUUAUCUUAUGAACACAUUAAUAAAAAAAUUUGUUUAAUUC